UUGAAGCGAUCCAUGGCAACAGGAGCGCAGCAGCAGAGCUCGGCCAGAGGCAGAAGCUGAAGCUCGGGGUGCUGCGUCCGUCCCUCCGUCCCUCCGUCCAAUACGCUCCCCUACAAGCCAGUCUCGUGCACGCGCACACGCGCUUGCGCACACUCAAACGCACCUCCAUGUAGCUGCGGAGUACCGACGAGGGGACCAAUCCGGCUCUACGGCUCCUCAUUUUGGGCUCCAAGGUGACCGACCGCGGAGGUGGGCAGCCAGACGGCAGCCCGACUUCCGCUGCACGUCAGCGGCAGCCCACAUCUCCAUCAAGCAUCUGAAGCAUCAUCGUGAAGAUGGCGACUGGGUCGGGUUGGCAGCAAUAUUACUGCCCUGCCGGUCAAGGGAAAUAUCCGUCGUCGUCGACCACAUCCACGACCACAACCUCCUUCCAGUCCGGUUUGGCCAUGGAAUAUACCCAAGACCUGCACCUGAAGAUGAGCAAGAAGAUCGCCCAGCUGACCAAGGUAAUCUACGCACUCAACACCAAGAACGACGAGCACGAGGCGGCCAUCGCCACCCUGAAGGAGGCUCACGAGGAGGAGGUGCAGCAGAUCCUCUCUGAGACCAGGGAGAAGAUUUUACAGUAUAAGAGCAAGAUCAGCGACGAGAUGGACCUGAAGAGACGCAUCCAGUCCCUGGAGGAGUCCAUGGAGCUGCACGAGAGGAUGAAGAGGCAGGCGCUGGCCGAGUUUGACAACUACCGGCAGAGGGUGGAGGACCUGCAGCUGUGCACCGAGGCUCAGCACACCCAACGGGUGGUGUCCAUGUCGCGCGAGGUGGAGGAGAUGCGGCGCUCGUUCGAGGAGAAGCUGCGCACCUUCGGCCAGGCGCAGGCGCAAUUCGAGCAGGAGAAGAAAGCGGCGCUGGAGGAACUGAAGGGUCAACACCGGCAGGAGGUGCAGGAGCUCCUCCGCAGCCACCAGAGCCACAACGCCAACUACAGCAAAGACCAAGAGAAGCUGGGCCAGCUCCACAAAGCCGAGGUGGAUUCUCUGACAGAACGAGUAGAAGAACUCAAGCAGGACAAGAAGAGACUUGUGGAUGAGUAUGAGGCCAAACUCAGCAAGGCUCAGGCCUUUUACGAGCGCGAACUGGAGGCCAUGAAGCGAACGCAGCAGCUGACGGCCGACAACCUUCUAGCGUGGAAGCGCACCGAGGCCGAGCUGCGCCGCGAGUUUCAGACGCAGGAGGCGGCGCUGCAGAAGACUCUGGGCAAGCUCCGGACCGAGCUGGCCCGCGUCAGCGAGGAGGCUCGCGAUCACCGCGAGCGCUCGCACAAGCUGCAGGCCUCGCUCGCCGCCUCUGAGAGUGCCGUCAAGGAGCUGAGCAAGCAGCUGGACGAGGUGACGCAGAAUUCCGAGAUUGUGGAGAUCCGCCAAAAGGAGGCCGAGUGCGAGCUGGAGGCGGCCCGGGAUCGAGUCCAGCAGCAGGCCACCGAGAUCCUCCUCAAAGCCAGUCAGAUCAGCAGCCUGCAAGCCACCCAGAUGACUCAGGAGGCGGCCGUGCGGGACCUGGACAACGAGCGCAGCCGUCUGAAGGAUAAAGUGCUGAGGCUGGAGGAGGAACGCGAGGCGCUCCACACCCAGAGCCAAGCGCUGGACGAGAGGCACAAGCAACAACUGCAGUCCCUGCACAAGACGCUACGCGAGGAGAAGGCGGCUCACGAGAAGGACAUGAACGGCCUGCGAGCUCGCUACGAAGAGGAAAGCGGCCAGAGCAAGGAGAACCAGGCCCGGGUUCUGGACGAGGUGGCCAAGAAGCAUCGGGCCGCGCUGGAGAGCACGCUCGGCGGAGCGGAGAGGGACAAAAACAGACUCUUGGCUGAGCUGGAGCAGCAGUUUGAGCAAGAGCGCCGCACGCUGGAGGAACAGAGGAACCUCCUGCAAAUGCAGCUGGAGCAGCUGAGGGAGGAAAUGAGCUCCAAGCUCGACGCCGCCGACCAAGAGGUGCGGCGUCUGCAGGAGGAGGUGGAGCACGGCGAGAGGGACAUGAGCGCGGCCGAGUGCCAGAUAGCCACCAUGAGGCAGGCGCAGGACAAACUGCUGGAGGAGCUGGACGCCACCAGGGGGCGACUGAGGGAGACAAGCAACCUGCUCACCGCCCUGCAGGGCGAGCUGGAGGUCCAAACACGACAACAUGAAGCCAAAGUCAUCACCACCAAAGAGGAAGAGAAACAUAAGAUGGAUAAGAUGGCUUUGGAGCUGGAACUCAAGUGGACCGAGACCCUCAGGCAAGAAUGCAAGAAACUGCGCGAGGAGCUACGAGAGGAGCACGCGGCGGACAAAGCGGCCGCCUUGAGCCAGCUGGCCCAAAGCAAAGAGCAAGAGAUGAGCAACUCCCGAGACAGCUGGCAGAGGAAAGUGGACGACCUGCUGGAACAGAUCUCCUUGCUGAAGCAGAGUCUGGAGAUGCAAUUGUCGCAGUCGCAGUCGUCGCUGCAGCAGCUUCAGCAGCAGUUCAGCCAGGAGCGCGAGCACCUGCGAACGCAGCUCGACGAGCUGCAGACGGAGCACCAGCGCCGACACCAGCGGCUGCACGAGGCUCAGUGCUGCGCCCUGCAGGACGUCGAGCACGCCCGCCAACGAGAUAUCAAGGAGCUGGAGGAGCGCCUCCGUCAGCACCAUCACGCCGAGCUCCAGUCGCUGCGAGAGGCCCACCGGCACAGCGUGGAGACCCUCAAGCAGCAGUCGGAGCAGGAGCUGCAGACGCUACGAUUCGAGCUGGAGGAUGAGGGCAAGGCCAUGCUGGCAUCUCUUCGGUCGGAGCUGAAUCACAUCCACGCGUCGGCCAUUGAGCACCUGCGACAAAACCACCAACAGGAAGUGACGGCCGUCAAGAAGGAACUGGAAAAGACGGUGGAGAAAACCUGCCUUCAGGAGCGCGAGCUGCUGGGCCGCAUGGCCGAGCUGCAGGAGGAGGCCACGCGGCGGAAGAAGCACAUCGCUCAGCUGGACCACCAAAUCCACACGCUCAACGAGAACAUCAGCAGCCUUACCAAGGAGCUGGAGCUCAAAGGCAAGGAGGUGCUCAAGAUACGCAGCGAGGCCAACCAGCAGAUCAGGGCCCACGAGCAGGAGCUGCAAAAACGUCACGAGCGAGAAGUGUCGGAGAUGAACGCCGCCCACAGCAGAGACACGCAGCACAUGUUGGCCGACUUCAACAAGGCGCAGGAGGUCCUCAAGGAUAAGAUCUCGGCCCUGCAGAUUCUGCUGGAAGGCACCGAAGAUAAAUUCAGGAACAGGGAAAGUCGCCCCGAGGAUCUGCAGAUGAUCGCCGAGCUCAAGGAUAUGGUGUCCGAGAGGGAAUCACUCGUCAAGAAGCUGGUGGACGACAAGAAGUUCUACCAGCUGGAGCUGGUCAACCGAGAGAGCAACUUCAACAAGGUCUUCAACGCCAGUCCCAACGUUGGCGUCAUCAACCCGCUCAUCAAGCCCUCCUGAGACAAAGGACGUGGCCAUGGACCUUCCGGACGCUCAGCGACAAGAGUGGUUCGCUCAGUACUUUUCCUUUUGAAUGACAACACGCACACACACGCACAUACACGAACCUGCAGAAACAAACGCACCAGGAUUCAGCAGCAUGUCAGCCAAACUUAAGAAAAAUGUCUGGAUAUAAACUACAACAACAAAAAAAGAGAAAGAAAAUGUUUGUUUUCUAUAUUGUAAAAAAAAAGAAAAGAAAAGGCUCGGUUCUGUUUAUUAUUGGCAGCUUGAGAAGAUGAUGUCAUUCAUCUUGAGGUCUAUGUACUAGUGUGUUCUUUUUCGAGUAGCACGCCUGUGUCUUGCUGGUAACAUUUUCUCCACUACUAGUGCCACUUUUUGACCUACUAGCAGUCUGCAAUCAAACCUUAAUGUGCUGUAUUGCGACCAGGCCAAAUGAUUGGGCAUGGACUCUUCUCGUAGGACCAAAAUGCCCACUAGUAGUUUUACCUCACUAGGAACGUGGUUGUCCAACUAGUAUGCCGAAGUUGUCUUACAAGUGUCCAAAAAUGUCAGUCAUGGAAAAAAAGUUACUCGUAUGACAGUUGUUCGACUUGCGCUCUGAAAUGUUUCAGUAUUGGGGAUAAAGAAUGUACUAGUACCUGGGCCUUAAAGUCCCUGUAGAGUGAAAAUUAACCUGUCCUUCUAUAUUGGACAAGAAAAAAUGGGAAAAAAUAAGCUUCACUCUACAGGGUCUUCAAGACGGAUUUAAGGAGAUGGAAUAAAUGCUCAAACUGUUUGUAUUUUGAAAUCAACGAUAUGGAAUGAAUGCUCAACACUCGCAUUUGUCAUCUUCUAGUUUUGAUGUUUUAGUUUGUCAUUUUCAUCCUUGCCAGCGUUUUGUUUUGGGGGCAAGGGAGCGUGUCCAAAUGAGAAGUAGACGUGCGUGGGGUGUAGAGGUCCUUGUUCUUCUCUGUGCGUGACAAAAAAGAAAUCAAAUAAUAGUAAUAAAAUGAAAAGAAAAAAAGCUGCCUUUUUGUUAAACGCCAGAUUUAGGGGGUAUCAUCCUCGUGAUAGAUGAAGAUGGUGAUCUUUUUGGUAGACUGCAAAACUCUUGUUUGUAUGCUCGUCUGUCUACACAGAUACAAUGAUGUCUCACAGAUUUUAAGAGCAAAAAUAGCGUUUUAUAUUUAUAUUAUAAUGUGUAUGCUUAUUAAAUGAUUAUUGUGACAUUUA